AUGGCCAUUAUCUUGCGAUCCUUUGAAUCUGCAAGGAAAUUGCUGCUGCACGGCGCUGAUGCAGAACGUAUCAACUCCCAUGGAUUCUCAGCCAGACAGUUGAUCUUCAAGUUGAGAGAUCUGUGUGAGGAAGAUGAGGAAGAAUAUAUGCAAUCUCUGCGCGAGGAACUUUGUGAGGAUGUGGGCUUUUUCAUGAACACUGUCUUCCCUUCAAAGAGAGAUUACAGAGGCACCUUCGAGGACUUCAAUGAUGCAAUUGAUUUGCUGGGGUUCGACGACAAGGACGAGCAAUCACAAUUCGAUGCGACAACCCAGGACAUUCCAAAAAGACUAGGCAAGCUUUACCUUCUUUCCGACCAUACUCAUGUACUAAUUUGUGCUCAGAAGCUAUGA